AUGUCGGUAGUUCAGCUAGGCGCACCCGACAAAAGAGUUACCGAAGAUGAUUUACGGCCCAUUCUUUCAAAUGCCGGUCUGGAACUUUCUGAGCCUCUCCUUGAAAAUUACAGCACGUUGAUAUCCGCCUUGGACGCCGGAAUUGCGUCUCUACAAGAUGAUAGGGACAUAUUACCACGUCCUGAUCUCACCAAGUACCCACGGACAGAUAUUCAUAUCCCUGAAGAUAAUGAAUUUGGAGCGUGGGCGACGAAGGUGACUGCGAAAUGCACGAGUCCUACUAGCGAUCUGCUAAAGGGUCGGACCAUAGCGCUCAAAGAUAACAUGGCUUUUGCCGGGGUUCGUUGUACGAAUGGAACUUCAAUGGUCGACUGGACCCCAGAGAUUGAUGCGACUGUUGUUACAAGAGUCCUGGAUGCCGGAGCGAUAAUCGUUGGCAAGGCUGCUUGCGAGAAUUCAUGCCUUGAGGGGAUGUCCGGUACGGCAGUGACAGGACAAGUUCAUAACCCGUACGCGAAAGGGUACAGUGCUGGCGGCUCAAGCAGCGGGUCGGGGCGCCUGGUCGCGACUGGCUCUGUAGACCUCGCUUUUGGUUGUGAUCAGGGAGGAAGCAUUCGUAUCCCGGCAUCUUCGUGUGGUGUAGUGGGUCUCAAACCAACUUGGGGCUUAGUCCCAUAUACUGGUAUUCUGAGUCUGGAUGCAACUAUUGACCACGCAGGGCCGAUGACGAAGAAUGUGAGAGAUUGCGCUUUGUUCCUCGAGGCGAUUGCGGGGCCGGAUGGGUGGGAUGACCGCCAACCACCUUUCGGGCUUGAAGGAGAUAAGUUAAAAUUUGUGGCUCCUUUGGAUGCCCUACUUGCUAAAGACUCGUCUGAGAUGCUUAAAGGUCUUAAGAUUGGUGUGUUGUCCGAAGGCUUCGAGGUUCCUGGGCAAGAUCCAAACGUUGUCUCAUCUGUUAUGUCUGCAAUCGAGAGAUUCAAAUCGCUCGGGGCUGAAGUUGGUACUAUUUCGAUACCUUCGCACAAGGAAGCUCCAUUGCUCUGGACAUGCGCGCUACCUUUAUCAGGGGGGCGACAGUCUCUGCUUGGAGACAUGGAUGGGAGAAAGCAGUUGUAUCUUACGGAUAGAGCUGAGUUGGUGGGGCCUAAGUUGACUCAAUCUCAAUUCGACGCCCUUGGACCCGGGGCUUCGAAUAUGUACAUGGGGUAUCUGUGGAUUCAAGAGAAAUAUGGCGCCAAAAUACAGGGGAAAGCUAUGAAUCUCCUAAAGCAAGUUAAUGACAACUAUGACAAGGCAUUGAAGGGAUUUGACGUUCUAGUUAUGCCUACCUUGCCCUAUCCACCACCACGAUUACCCGAACCGGACUCCGAUGAAGGUCCCCUAAACUUCCUAACGAGAACGAUUGGGUUAAUCGCGAAUACUUGUCCUUUCAAUAAUUCAGGUCAUCCUGCUCUUUCGCUGCCAGUUGGGUUUGUCCCUGCUCGUGAGGACCCAAGCGUGAAGCUUCCCACGGCGGUGCAAAUAGUAGGCCGCAAAUAUGGCGAUGCUACUUGCCUGAAGGUUGCCGCCGCAUGGGAAAAGGCAUUUGACUGGAAAUCCCUAUAA